CGAUGUCGAUCGAUUGUAUGAAUGCUUCAAAUGCGGCUUGUCUCCUCCGCAAUCUGCGAUCAGAGAAAGAAAAAGGGGAAAUAGAACAUUGAAACGGGUAGGUUCAGCAUACGCCCAAUCAGCUGAAAAAAAUUCCAUGAGCACAGCAGAUGCGGAUCACUCUCUUGAAGAUUCCAGUUCAUCAAAAGCAAAGAGAAAUAGCAAUCGGAAGCAGUUCUCUCCCCUUGUGUUUUAUAGGUCUCCACAUGGGGUUCCUCCAAAGAGACCAGCUAGUUUGUUGCGCUUGUUGCAAGAAAUACAUGUAGAUCUCAGAGAACAAAACAAGCAUAGACAAGAAGUAUGGGCCACUUUCCCUAAGCAGGAUGAAGCAGUCAAGCAUGCAAAACAGUUCAUGAAUGCUCGUGUUUUUAGUUAUCAGGAUCAUUUAAAUGGCCAAAGAAGGUUUCUUGUUUCCACAUAUGAGGACUUUUGGAGAAGGUAUAAAAAUAUGAAUUCUAAGAGGCACCAUUAUGAAGUCAUUCAGGAGGGCUUGCCAUGCCACCUUUAUUUUGAUUUGGAGUUCAAUAAGAGAGCAAAUGAAGAUAAGAAUGGAGAUGAAAUGGUUGAUCUCUUGGUCAUGGCUGUAUUUGAUACCCUGCUGGAAAAGUAUUCUCUUGAAGGAAGUCAUGACUGGAUUGUUGAGCUUGAUUCUUCUACUGAAGAUAAGUUCUCCCGACAUUUAAUCAUUAGAAUACCAAAGGCUGCAUUUAAGGACAACUCUCAUGUUGGGGCAUUUGUUACUGAGAUAUGUUCACGUAUAUUUACUUCAAAUGAGAUGGAUGAGAGAUUCAAAAAGCUCUUUGUCUUUAAAGAUUCAAAAUCAGUUGGAAUUCCAAGUCAGAUCUUUGUGGAUACUGCUGUCUACUCUAGAAACCGCUGCUUUCGCCUAGCUCUCUCAUCUAAAUCCGGGAAGACUUCUGUCCUUCUACCAAGUGGGCGCUUUAAAUGUGAGGACAUGAGUGAAGAAGAAAUGUUUAUGGCAUCACUGAUUUGCAAUAUGGAUGCUGACUGUGAGAAACUUUUGGUUUGUAAAAUGGAUUCAGAUUUUGUCAAGACCCUGCAUUUUGAUACAGAGACUACAGAAAAUUUCCAACAAGACUUCAUUCCCCAUGCAUCUGUGUUGAAUAGUUUUGAAGGUGAUCCUUCAAGAGCAUACUUGAUGGGAAAGUCGCCAUUCACAGCUUUAGAUGCAUUCAUUGUGUAUAUUGCCUCCAUAGGAAGUGUACCAGGAAAAGUUAGGAGUUGGUAUUGGUUCUCAGAGUAUGGGUUGAUGGUGUACAACAUGUCAAAAAACAGAUAUUGUGAAAGGAUCCAGAGAGAACACAAAAGCAAUCAUGGAAACACAAUAUCAAAGGCAUUGGAAGCCGAACAGGCCAGCUUGGUGCCUUGGGUCGGGGCUAAAAUCUCUUAUCAAAUCCAGCUGUUGCCCAACACUCAAACUCUUUCCUACUGCCAUAAUGUUUCUAUCAAUGUCCAUACUCCAGUAGCAGCUCUUCCCCCUUCACUAUCAAAGUCUGAUUUGUGUGAUCCUGCUUCUGCAAGUCCUUCGGUCAGUAAUUUCUCUCUUAGCCAGUCCACUUUCUGGUCUGUUGCCCUAUCUCUCUUAAUAGGUUUGCCUGCCUAUUAUGCUCCCCAGUUUUCCCAAGCGAGACAGGCUCCAGUACUUCAUAUCCAGACCUGGCAGCUGAACCCAUAUUGGAAUAUCAUUCAAUUCCAGCAGGUUGAUGUUCAGUCCUGGUUUCCAUUUCUUUACAAGCAUAGGGGUGUUUAUUACCAGAAGUGCCAUGAUCCUGAUUGCAGAGGCUAUCGAUCCCCUUUACGCCCCAUCCCUGAUAAUGUCAUAGCUCGUUGUUCAGUAUCUUUUAAUGUAAAAGGUAAUAUUGAAGGUUUGGGACACACAGUUGUAGAUAGCGAUGGGAGUAUCAUAGACAACUGCAAGAAAGAUUGGUGGCUUGAAACCAUCAAAUUUGCUGAUCAGGACAACCCGGACGGAACGUCAGGAGAAGAAGAUGAUGAAGAGUGGUGGACGACUGUUGAAGAGAUUGCAACACAAACAGAGCGGGCUUACCUGGGAAAUGCUUAGUGCUGAUAAGUCAGUCGUUCCUACGAUAAGCUAGUGUAGGCCACUUGUAAGUUAGCUGGAUUAAUUAUUAGUGACUUUUUUUUUACAGUAGGACAAAUAAGUGACUUGUUAAUUG